AAAGGGAUAGCUAGGCAGAGGCAGAUAAGUCCUUGCAGGAGUGAGGUUAGCAGCUUUAUCAGGGAGUGAGCUUUAGGUUUUACUUCCUGUCAACUCCACUAUGUUGUGGUUUUAAACUCAGAGCCCAGAGCUCUGAAUCAUUUUAGCUCGUUUCAUCAGUAACAGAAUUGUUGAACAGCUCUGUAGCCCUGAGUGACAUUGUACAUUCACUGGAUUUGUUUGAGGCAAUCCAUCUCUAUCUGCCAGCCUAAUGCAGCAAACUUCUUGUGGGCCUCUUCUCCAUUUGGUGAUGAUCUUCUGCAACUAAGAAAUAAUACUGGAACAGAAACCUACAAAAAUCUCCAUAGGUUAACUGCAAGACUUCCAAAGAGAUUGGAAUUUGGUGGCAAGAAUGGACUCAAAGCCGCACCGGACUAGGAAAUCCCACUCAUCAAGAAGAAGUGUGGUGAUCCCUCAGGAGGCCAAGGAGCUUACGUAUUUGAUGCCGACAAAUGGCACAAUUCAAUCGCUAUUGGCACCAGUUGAAGGAUCUAUAACCAAUAGUCUGGGUGGAGUGUCGAUUGUUAACGGAGGUGAUAGUAACUCCAAGGGGCCUGCCUGUGACAAGAAUGUCUGGCUGUCUGCAUUUGGUGCGCUGGAGGCACAAAAACAAAGAGAAGAACAGAGAAAACUUUCAGUUAAGGCAAUGGAUACCGCUUUUUACAAUGAGUACGAAAAUAAAGUGCGGCCUUGCAUUGACCUCAUUGACACACUGAGAGGAUUUGGCGUGGAUAAGGACCUGGGACUUCCCGCCAUUGCAGUGAUUGGAGACCAGAGUUCGGGGAAGAGCUCAGUCUUGGAGGCACUGUCAGGGGUGUCACUUCCCAGAGGGAGCGGAAUUGUGACAAGAUGUCCACUGGAACUGAAGCUCAAGCAAGUCAAAAAGGAGAAUGUUUGGAAAGGGAAAAUAAGCUACAAGGACUACUCAAAUAAACUUAAAAAUGCAGCCGCAGUGGAACAAGAAAUUCGUAAAGCCCAGGACAUAAUUGCAGGAGCAGGAGUCGGAAUCAGCCAUGAAUUAAUCAGUCUUGAAAUCGAAUCCACCAGUGUCCCUGACCUAACUCUCAUAGAUUUGCCAGGAAUCGCCAGAGUCGCAGUUGGCAACCAACCAACAAAUAUCGGAGACCAGAUUAAGAAACUCAUUAAGUCAUUUAUUCAGAAACAAGAAACAAUCAACCUUGUGGUUGUGCCAUGCAACGUUGACAUAGCAACCACAGAAGCUCUGAAAAUGGCCCAGGAAGUGGACCCUUCCGGAGAGAGAACUCUGGGCAUUUUAACAAAACCUGACCUGGUUGAUAAAGGGACAGAGGCAAAUGUGGUUGACAUUGUGCAUAACAUAGUAGUGGAGCUGAGGAAAGGUUACAUGAUUGUCAAGUGCCGUGGGCAAAAGGACAUCAAUGACCAUUUGACACUGGAUGAUGCAAUCACAAAUGAGAGGUCAUUUUUCGAAGACCACGAACACUUCAGACAGCUUCUGGAUGAGGGGAAGGCCAGCAUUCCAUGUUUAGCUGGUAGACUAACAACGGAACUUGUUAAUCACAUCAAUAAAUCAUUGCCACAGUUACGAAAUGAUGUUGAAAUGAAGCUGAAUGAUACAAUGCAAAAACUGAAAAACUACAGCAGUGGGGUUCCCAUUACCAAUGAAGAGAAGGUGAUGUUUAUGAUUGAGAAAAUCAACAAAUUCUGUAGUCACACAAGAAGUUUGACUUCUGGGGAAGAGCCUCGGAAUUCUGUAAAUGGGGAGCGGUACAUCACCAAAGUACGAAAGGAGUUUGCAGAAUGGAAUUCAUUUCUGGACAAGAGCAUAUCAAACUUCCGGGACUACCUGCGUGAUGAAAUUCUACAUUUUGAAGAUUAUUACCGUGGAAGGGAGCUGCCAGGAUUUGUCAACUACAGAACAUUUGAAUCAAUUGUAAGGAGUGAGAUUAUGAAUUUGGAAGAACCAGCCAUUAAGAAACUGAAGAAAAUCACAGAAGUUACAAGAACAGCUUUUAUUGAUAUUGCUGAGCAACAUUUCACUGCCUUUUGCAACCUUUGCAAAGCUGCCAAGAUCAAAAUUGAAUCCAUCAGCCGACAGGAAGAGAGUGAAGCAGAGGGGCUUCUGCAGGCCCAGUUCAAGAUUGAAAGUGUGGUGUAUUCCCAGGACAACAUCUACAGCCAGAAUUUAAAUACAGUGAAAUUCAACUCAAAGCUAGUUAGUGGAAACGCCAGCAUCCAGGAAAUGUCAUACCAUGUACAGACGUACUAUAAGAUUGCUUCUGGUCGACUGGCUGACCAGAUUCCCCUGGUAAUAUGCUACCAUAUUUUAAAUGAGUUUGCUGAUAAACUACAGGCAGAGAUGCUCAAGCUCCUGCAAGACAGAGAUCUCAUUGAUGAAUAUCUGUUUGAGGAUCAAGACACAAAGAUGAAGAGAGAAACCCUUCAAAACAGAAUGGUACGGCUGAAAAAGGCCCAGAAGAUAUUGUUUGAAUAUGCUUAAGUGCUCACUGAAUGCAGAUUAACAAACAGUUUAACUUGAUGUGUUGUUCUUUGUGCUUGCUUAUUUUUUCUCCUUCUUCUUCUCCAGUCCUGUAAUUGUUAAGCUUGUAUAGUUCCCCGGUCGCUGGUCACUCUCUGGUACAAGAGGUCAUUGGUGUCUGAGCUUUGGCAGUGAGGCUUAGCAAAAUAUUCAACUGAGGUGGAAAAAUAUCAGUAUCUUCCUCACUCAAGGUCCAUAUGCAUCAUUUUUCACCAGGAGUCACAGAGGAGACAUAAGGUGAAUCAACCCUGAUGAAUUUACUCUCCCCAAACGUGUGGGAGCUCUGAGUGUCAUCCUGAGUGAAAUCAGGUAACCUAGAACAGUCUGUGGAUUCAACCGUGAGAUUAUCUUGUCCACAUGACUCAGCUACCCUCUUAGGAAAGAGAAUUAGAUUAUCAAAAGCCCUUUAACUUACCUUUGAGACAUCUUAUGUAGAAUCUAUGACCUUCAGAUUACAAUGCAACAUGUUCUACAUUCUGUAUAAUGGGUCACAAGCUGUUACAAUUCAGAAUGUGAGAACCAAUAAAUAUUUAGCUUGAAGUAGGUAGAAAUGAAGUCUAAUAAUCAUCAGUCAUAGGCCGGGAUUUUCUGUCCCCCUUGUGGGUGGGACCCGCCGUGGGUGAGGCGGUGCCCCAGUCAGAAGUCCAUUGAUUUGCAGCGGGACCAGAAGAUCGCAGCAGCAGGCAGGUGCAGAAAAUCCCAUCAAUGAUUUCACAAAAGUACUUGAUAGUAGGGGGAAAGGGAGAUUACUGUUUCCCAUAGAUUUAUAUUUAUCUAUGCUGCUGCAUUUCCCAAAGUGCAUUUCAAAUUAGGCGCAUGGAUAAGCCAUGAUAGGAUGUUAGUCAAUGUAACACAAAAUGUAUUAUUCCCUUUCUAAGACUUAACUGAAUCCUUAUAAGAUGACCAGUUCUAUUUAUACGCAGGGACCUGUCCUCUGUAGGUAAAAGAAACAUGUCCAGGCAUUGUACCUUUUCUGAAUUAAACAAAAGCAUGGACGACAAUAGUUCCUGGUGCAUUCUCUAUGGCAAUGCUUUGACCAAUCAGAGUCGCCUUGUCAAAGAAUCAGCACCUUUUCUCAUGCAGCAUUUGAAAUUUGGCACUCUUGCAUCUGUCCUGAUGAGUGCAAGGUGAAAAGCUUUGACAGUAUGUCUCCUUUUUCAGCAAUAUCUCAAGAUAAGCUGUUAGUAAACGGUUGGCUCCUCCCCGGGGUCAAGAGAACCCGGCAUUAAGUAGCUGUCCCUCUUUCUUUGUUCACUUAAAGACUGUAAUUUGCAAAGUGUGACUUGUAUUGGAUACAAUAUUUAUAAAUAAUUGUAAAGUGUCAAAGAAAUCCUGCACUGUGCUAUUUGAAAAGAAUGGUUAAACUUAUCUCACCAUCUCUAUUCUUUUUAUUCUUUCUCAGGAUCUCAAUGCUCUUUACCUAACUUUGUCAUCCCUUCCCCUUUAAAACUUACAAAGUAAAACCUAAGAUUGCAAACCA